GGAAUUAAUACGGCUGAAGAAGAUAACCUCCCUCGCCGGACACCUCGUCUCUUCUUUCUUCUCUCGCUUCUCUCUCCUAUUCUCGCUUUGCUUAUGUCCCAGUUGAAUAAUUCGUUUGGCUAACUAUCUAAGAUAUUCAGUAACGCACUUCUUUGAAAAAAAGAGGAAAAAAAAAAAACCGCACUUGCUGUAGCACCUGGACGCUGGCCCAGGGGAAGUUAACACGGCGUCGUUUGUUUUAUACAAUCGCACUCAUUCCUUGCAACUCUAUUCGACCGACGGGAAUGGUAAAGUGACCGUCUGUCCCUCUUAGUCCAUUUCUGACAAGACCGAAGGAGCGCCGAACAGUCUGAGGGGGGGGAGGGGGGAGAGAGAGAGAGAUGACAAUGGGAACAUCAACGCAGGCAUACGGCGAGCCAUGGUACUGGGACAACAGAUAUGCGAAUGAAUCAGGGCCCUUCGAUUGGUACCAGAAGUAUGCUUCCUUAGCUCCGCUCGUCAAUCUCUACACCCCUCGCCACAACCAUCCACGAAUCCUAGUCGUUGGAUGUGGCAACUCAGCAUUUAGCGAAGGAAUGGUGGAUGAUGGAUAUGAGGAUGUGGUAAACGUUGAUAUAUCCUCUGUAGUUAUCGAGGCUAUGCGGAAGAAGUAUUUUAAUCGUCCUCAACUGAAAUAUAUUCAAAUGGAUGUCCGCGAUAUGAGUGCUUUUCAAACAGGUUCCUUUGGUGCUGUUAUUGAUAAAGGAACUCUAGACUCUAUCUUGUGCGGAAAUAAUUCAAGACAAAAUGCUGCCAAGAUGCUUGAUGAAGUUUGGAGGGUCCUCAUAAAUAAAGGAGUAUAUAUCCUGGUUACGUAUGGAGCUCCAGUUUAUCGUUUACACUUGUUAAGAGAAUCUUGCUUGUGGAGGAUAAAACUUCAUGUGAUAGAAAAGCUAUUGUCUGAAGGAGCCUCUGAACAUCCAAUGUGGGAGUUGACAAAUCCUGUUCCACUUGAUGACUAUGGAAAUUCAGUGGAAGCAACACUUGGAAAGAACCCUGAUGUCCAUUACAUUUACGUUUGCACUAAGGAUGAAUCUUUGAGGCCAGACCAAAAGCACAAUGUGGCAGUUGAGUGAGACAUAUUAGGAUGGUCAGCCAUUCCCAAUAAGGUGCAUACACCAGCAUGGUGCUUUUGGCAUUGGUGUCCGGACCCCUUGUAGUACAACGGCCAAGGAGGUUGUUUCAUGGUUUAAAACUCUGACUUCCAAGUUACUUACUCUUGUACCAAGAUUCACUUUCAGCCAACAUCUUGCAGUGCAACUUUUUUAUCUGUGAAUAAUUGGACAUCCUUUGUUGAAAUACUUAUUGUUAGUUCAGAGAUGUUAUAUGUAUCCUAAUUAACCAUGACUUUGUUUAUUCCCUGAACCGACAUGUCGAUGGGACUGUAUGCCAAAGCAAAAUGUAAUCUUUUGCUACUCUCCUUUUUCUAGUAGAUUGGCUUGUAUGUGCGAUUGUGACAAUUUCCCUAUUAGAUCAGAUUUAAAUUAUCUAGAUUAUUUGCUCUUGAA